GGACCCGAACUCUGGGUGUGCAGCGUAAUGGGUGGGCAAGCUAACAGAAGAGCUGCCGUCUCAGAGGAACGCAUCAAAACAUAAAGCAGCACACUGUUUCAAUGGAACGGGGUAGAAGUGCGUUCUGAGACAAAAAAGCUUUCAAUGUGAUCGCACACCCGCGCACGGAAUCCGUUUCGUCGCGGGCGACACUGACCCCACAAGAACCCUCCGUAUGCAGUUAUUCUUGGAAACGUCAGAUAAGCUCUUGUUUGUGAGAACACUCCUGUUCUUCGCAGUAGAAGUAUGGAUGUUUAUCUAUUUGCUUUCCCCAUCUAGAAAAGUGCGAAGAGGCCUCCAUGUAACUAUUGCUGCAACGAUGUUUCCGGGCAACACGCUUGUAUCAGUUUGCCGUCUAGAAAGCUGUUACUCUCGGGACGGGAGCAGCUGAGACGGCAUCGGGUUACAUGCGCCCCAAAUUGCUGGGACGUGAAAGCGUUAUCCGCCUGGUGAGAAGGUGGAAAAUUCCUUGUGUGCCGUAAAUGUUGAAAUGAUGGUAGUCAAGAGGUCAGAGUACAUACAUGCACAUGCAGAGGGCUAAACCGGAAACGGGAAGAGUCAGAUGCAAGAUUGCAGAGACUCCACGCAUCUAGGAUGCGAUCGCGGUGCUUUGGGUAAGGGUGGGGGGGGAAGGGGGGUCGGCUUAACCCGAGCUGAAUAAUCUGACAUUAAACGCGUACAGAGGACAUGCGACUCUGCUUCGUCCUGGCGUUACGUGUGGGCCUGUGCGGGUAAGGCCACACCCUUUGUUUACCAUUUUCUCUGGUUUUUUUGGGCUUCGCCGCCAUCUUCAGUCCAUUUUUGAACCUGCGCUCUCUUAACGGGACAUGCUGAAACCGGUGGAUGCGCAGUUGUGUAUAUCGGAAAAAGAGUUCUCCUGCUCUCCUUUACACAGGAAAUUCAGUCGACAACCAACUCGGGCAUCGGCCGUCGACAGUCUCGGCAAAUACAGUCUGCAGAACUCCCAUUCUUUUCCAAUUUUGUCGGAUAUAGCAACCAUGGCAGACGCAACUGGUUCAGAAGUUGAGACAGAAGUCGUCCAGGAUCUGAGCAAUCCUGACGUCGUGACCAAGUACCGUACUGCAGCAGAUAUCGUCAAUGGCGCGCUUAAGAAGGUGAUCUGCGGCUGCGUUCCAGGCGCGGACGUGUACGCGUUGUGCAAAACUGGAGACACGUACAUCGUGGAGGCAUGCUCCAAGGUGUACAACAAGAAAGAAAACGGGAAGAAGAUGGAGAAGGGCAUUGCCUUUCCAACGUGUAUCUCCAUCAACGAGAUUUGUGGACACUUCUCUCCCGUUGAGGAGAACGCGGAAACAGACAGAGUUUUGGCGGAGGGCGACGUUGUGAAGGUUGAUUUGGGCUGCCACAUCGACGGCUACAUUGCCGUCGUCGCGUACACCGUCGUUUGCGAUGCAUCCUUGCCUGGAAUCUUUGGAGGUACUUCUGGUGCACAGGAACAAGGACGCAUCACUGGCAGAAAAGCGGAUGUUAUCAAGGCGUGUUGGACAGCCGCCGAGGCGUGCAUGCGGCUGGUAAAGGCUGGCCACAAAAGCACAGAUCUCACAAAGACCAUCGAACUCGCGGCGAAGCAGUACGGCUGCACGCCCCUCCAGGGUGUACUAUCUCACCAGCUCAAGCGAUAUGUCAUCGAGGGCAGCAAAUGCUUUGCUGACGCGACGCCCGGUCCAGGCGAAGACGAGCCGGAAGAGUUUGAGUUCGAGCCAAAUGAAGUGUAUGGCGUCGAUAUCGUCAUCUCUAGCGGCGAAGGCAAGGCCAAAGACGCGGCAGUCAAACCGACAGUUUACAAGAGGGCUGUAGAUCGCACAUACAUCCUCAAGUCUCAACUUGGCCGGCAUUUCAUGAGUGAAGUGCAAAACAAGUACCCGACCCUGCCGUUUUCUCUCCGCGGAUUCUCGGAUGACAGAGCAUGCAAGGUUGGCGUCGCCGAAGCGAUGCGGCAUGAGCUCCUGCACCCGUACCCUGUCAUGACAGAGAAACCUGGCGAAUACGUAGCCCAGUUCAAAUUCACUCUCCUCCUCCUCCCCACGGGCACAAAGAAGGUCACCGGUCUCCCCUUGCUGUACGAGAAGGAGUUGGACAGCAUUCACACAGUUGAGGAUGAAAGUCUGAAGGCGUUGUUGGCCGUUUCGGUAAAUCCGAAGAAAUUGAAGAAGAAGGCGCAGGUGGAGAAGAGGGAGGAUGCAAACAACGCUUAGAUUGUGCAGCAGAUAUUUCUCCUGUCACUUGAGGAAAACUGGCAGCCACAAAGCGACCGGAGCCAUCGGUACGGCCGUGUCUGGUUGCAAAGAGGCGAUGACUUGUCUGCAAGUGCUACCCUGGUGGGCCUGAUCUAUAGGUGGCAACUCCCCCGUGUCACUUGGGUAGAAACACUUUCGACGUGAGAGUGGUGUUGUUGUGUCUUGCUCACUGCUACACCAGCGCGACAGGUGUUGCGAGGGGUGGAAAGGCGAGAAGCUGGAGAAAUGCAGCAGUGAAAGAGCCGCUCAAGAAACAGAACGGUCGGCUGACACUUCCGAAAUUGGAAUGGCGAGGGAGAUUAGUGGCGAAUGGUGCAAGCAAGGGAUGGCAUGUACGGACAAUCCUCCAAAGUGACAGAGGAAACAAAGGAUGCUAAAGAAGAUCCGAUAAGGUCUCAGGGGCAUGCAGCUUACGUAGAUUGUCUGUCCGCGAGUCUCAGUCCUCUGACCCUUUUUAGGGUAGGGAUGAGGUGGUAGGUCUCCCAUAUUCGUUUGUUUUUAUUGGAUUACGAAGACGUCCAGAUUGAUGGAAGAAGACUUCUCCCUGUCGAUCGUUGACAAAAAUGUGAGAUGCGCCAUCGGGCUUCCCAGUGUCCACGAGGGUGCGUGCUGGCACGUUGCUGACCACGUUUAGGCCCUGGUCCGUGAACGGGUCGAUAUAGAACUUCGCUGGGACCCUUGUGACGGACUUGGUGACGCCGUAAUAAUGGAAGCGCGCUCAGAAACUUCAACGUACAGGCAAGACGUUGGCAGGUGUCCCUCGUCCCUCUUGUCCUUUCCUGCAUUGCGGGUGUCCAUUUUGGUCAUCGAAAAGCCUCACCGCUUCGUCCACCAGAGAGCGACCGUUGGAAUGUAUCAGCGUAGAGCAUGAGGCGCUCAUUGGAUCUGGGUGUGACCGCUGUUGUCGGUCAGUACUUGAGCUAAGCCGACGGAUGCAUCCUGUGCACUUUUUUCCUGUAGCACUACAUAUGCAAGUGGUGUGACUCAUCCAGAGACUCGGUGAGAUAGUGUUUUCUGUAGCAUGAUAAUGUUCUGCAGCGGAACGCCAUCCUGCAAGAUGUUGAAUACGCGCACGAGUCGGAGGGCCCAUUGGAGCACCUGUCCCGCGUUUCACGUAUGGGUGUUUAUUGCUGUCUGAGGGUUCCGGAUUCUGACUUCUUGCCUGGGUUGUGUGAAGGCUUUCUUGUUGACCAAUUGGUCCCAGCAUAAAACUCUCUCACCGUCGAUGAAAACACUAAGAAAUCCCCAUUUCCCUUCUCC